ACCAUCAUGCGAUUCGACAAACGCCUCCUUACAUUCUUACAUACAAUGAUUGCACAUCAAGUCCUGUUGUGUAAUGUAAUAAGAGUCCCUGGAAGAGCAAACUAUAGUUGAAACAUGGUGACCAUUUUCAGCAGCUCCUCUGCUGCGCUGUCCUGUCCUACAGUAUCUCUGUCGAAUGGACUGAACAUUCCCAUUCUGGGUUUAGGGACGUCUCAUAAUGGCGGCUACAGUCAUGAAGCGGUGCUGUACGCUCUGCGGGAAUGUGGCGUAAGGCAUAUAGACACAGCCAAGCGUUAUGGUUGUGAGGAGGCUUUGGGGAAGGCUAUGGCAGAUAGUGGUGUACCACGAGAGGAACUCUGGCUCACCACCAAACUGUGGCCUGGAGACUACGGCUACCAGAGUGCGAAACAAGCCUGCCGGGCCUCGUGUGCCAGGCUGGGGGUAGAUUAUUUAGACCUGUAUCUGAUGCACUGGCCUGACUGCAUGGUUCCAGGUCUCUCCAAUAGUGAGAUUCGAGCAGAGACAUGGAGAGCUCUGGAGGAUCUUUGUGAUGAAGGUUUGUGCCGUGCCAUUGGAGUGAGUAACUUUCUUGUCCGUCACUUGAAUGAGCUGAAAGACAUUGGUGGAACUGUGCCUCAUGUUAACCAAGUGGAGUUCCAUCCCUUCCAGCAGCCAAUGGAGCUGGUUGAAUAUUGCCAGAAGGAGAACAUUGUUUUUGAGGGCUACUGUCCUCUGGCCAAAGGUCAAGCCCUCACUCAUCCUCUCAUCCUUCAGCUGGCCCAGAAAUAUGGCCGCAACGCAUCCCAAAUCUGCAUCCGCUGGAGUAUUCAGAAUGGAGUUGUCACAAUUCCCAAGUCCACUAAACCAGAGAGGAUCCGUGAAAACUGCCAAGUGUUUGGGUUCAGGUUGGAUGAUUCAGACAUGGCUUCCCUGAGUGUGUUGCAUGAUGGGAGACAUGUGAGCUGGGACCCAACUCAUGUGGAAUGACCAUGACCAUCUACAACCAAAUACCACCUGUUCAGGUAUUUGGGUUCACACUAAUAAAAGAAGACAUGGACGUAAUUAGUAGUUUACACACUAAUCAGAAGUAAUCUCAGUUAUCCAAUCUGGAAAAGACAACGUGUCAAUCAAAUUCCAAGGGAUAUGCUUUUGGAUAACUGGUACUGUAGGGAUGGGCAUUAUAGAAUAAUUUUAUUAUCAAGUACUCAUUUUAUGUGGGUUAG